UCUAAAAACCCCAACAUUAGAUAACAAGUGUUUUGGACCUAAGCUACUAAACGCGUAGAAAUAAAUAUUCCAGUGACUAAAAAUAGUUCAGUGAAUAAAAUAGACGAGUAAUUUUAAUAAAAAAAUAUGUUAUAGCGUCUCUAUAAAUCAAAAUAAUGACAAUGUUAAUGAUGGAACGUAUUGUUACUACUACCAAUCACAGCUCGCAAGAAGAUAAAGACAAGAUGCACCAAUCUGAGCAGCAGAUUUUCCGAAGAAAGGCUAAGAGAAAAAUUGACGACACCAGAGACGUCGAAAUGUGUGAAAAUUCCGAUGAAGAAGAUUUAACCGUAGACGUAGAAAACGACGACACGCUGUGUCCCGUCGAUUUGACACGAAGACAAGAAAACUUUGGUUCUUACGAUAAUUUUCACAAGACUGACUCUAACAGUGACUUUUCCAGUUUUAAAGACGAUAGAAAAAGCCCUAAAAGUGUUUGUAGUGAUCACAGUAGAUCUAGGAGUCCUAGAGACCAAAGUCCUUCGGUAGUGCCUAUACAGAAUAGACGUUUAGCUUUUUCCGUUGAAAAUAUUCUAGAUCCUAAUAAAUUUACGGGUAGGCAGACUGUUUAUAGUGAUGGGUUUUGUUGUUGGAAACCUUUGGAUGGGUCCAGAUCGUCGCCUGAUUACGAAGGCAGUGAUGCAGGCAAAGACCACCAGUCAGACGACGAGGAAGACCUUCAGAGCGACAUUAGCGACGAUAACAAAGACCCUUCCAAAAAGAAGAAAAGCGACUCAAAAUCCCAGAACUCCGGUAAACCUAGAAGAGCCCGAACAGCAUUUACGUACGAACAAUUAGUGGCGUUGGAAAACAAAUUCAAAACAACGAGGUACCUCAGUGUGUGUGAACGGUUAAAUUUAGCGAUUAGCUUAAGUCUAACGGAGACGCAAGUUAAAAUUUGGUUCCAGAACCGAAGAACGAAGUGGAAAAAACAAAAUCCAGGGAUGGACGUUAACUCUCCCACUGUGCCACCUCCUAGUGUUGGGUCCAGUGGGUCUUUUCCAGGUUUUCAUCACACGCAUAAUGGUUUGCUUUAUGGACACCAUGUGCCAUAUGGGGGAGUUUACCCCUUGCAAACAACUAGUUCUGGGGGUUAUACUCCGUAUUUUCAUUUAGCUAAUCACGGGCAUAAUUUGGGAUCUUGAACUUAAAGUUGAUCUUAAAUGUAGACAGAGAAGUGUUAAUGAUUUGAGGUAAUUAAACAAUUUUUAAAUUUAAAAGGUUCACUGUUGCAAUAUGUCUUUACUAUAAGUCAAGUGAUUCUUUUUCUUGUGGUGCUGUCUCAUUUAGUGGAGGUUAGCGACUAUACUGGCAAAUAUGGCUCUAUUCAAUGCGGCUCUAAACAAAGAUGUUGAAUCAAUGCAGGUCCUUUUCUAAGCCAUGAAAUCUGGCGCCUACCGAUACCUGAGACCAUCUGCAUAGCGGAUGUUAUUUACUCUUUGACCGUUUAUCCUGAUUCCUUCUGAAGAGUGCGAUAAAGCGUUCGCAAAUAUUACCUCAGAGUAGACGUUUACACUAGAAAGUCUGACUUAGCAUGCCUACCUAAAAAACCCGAAGGGAUCAUUUUGGCCCCACGUUAUUAAAUCGAUAAAAACUCAGGUUAAUGAUAUCAUGUCAACUCUGGACCAUAAAAUCUGAUUUUAUCUUUCAGUUUUAUUGUUUAACACAUUCGCAAACUAUCAAAACACACAAACUGUCAAAGUAGAACACACUAUUAAAAACUUUUUGGAACACCAUACAGUUUUGACUUUUUGACAUUUGCCACACAUUACCUUGUUACAGCCCUGGCACUGAUUGGAAGUAUGAUUUUCUUUACAAAAUAUUUUCAACUGACAUUUUUUUCGUUUUUGGAUAAUAACAGUGCUGGUUGUUGGUAUAACCGGUGUUGCUAGAUGUAGAACCAGAUUUCGGGAGACCAUAAUUCUUCACACAUCCGACGAAUAAACUUACGAAGACUGAGGGCCGGUUGUUCGAACGCUAAUCAACAUUGAUCACUAUCAAAUAUUUAAUUACUGCCACAACUGUCAAUGUCAACUUUGGUUGGGUUGCUGAAAACAUAGUUAAUUAUAAUUAUGAGAUUAGUUAGUCAAUUAACAUAACAAUUAUUAACAUAAUUGAUUAACUAAUUUCAUAAUUGUCAUCAAUAAUUAUGUUUUCGGCAACCCAACCAAAGUUGACAUUGACAGUUGUGACAGUAAUUAAGUAUUUGAUAGUGAUCAAUGUUGAUUAGCGUUCGAACAACCGGCCCUAAGUCUAUUUUCAGCUACUUCUUUAUAAAUAAUCCAUGCAUUUAUUGCUCCUAAGUCAAGAGUAUCUAUUACAAAACAUGUGAAUAAGCUAUCGUCUUGAAGCAACUUUGUAGUAUAAAGACGCGCCCCUUGGUCCUCAACACCAACCCCAUAUUUGGUCUGUUUAUAAAAAUUUAUUGUUUCAGGAAGUUUCUUUCCAUAGACAGCAACAUUAACUCAUUGAUGUAACGAGCUCAAUAAAAUCACAUUUUUGUCACUCUUUCCUUGAUAUUCAGUUAGUGUUAUUUUUUCGUCGUUCUGGAAUAUAAGGGUAACAUACAAUUAUUGUCUAUUUUCACAUUUCACGCUUAGAAAAUCUUUCUUUCUGUUGCGAUUCAAAGUACCCACAAGACUUGUUGAUUUCUGUUGCAGCAAUGUCUUGGCCAAUUUCAAUGAAGUGAAGUAGUUAUCUGCCGUAACAUUUUUGCCCUUUCCCAGUUGAUUUUCCAUUAUCCGCAAAACAACAAAACAACGUGUUCACCCAAAAUUGUAUCUUUAUUGCGUAGAUGAUCAGUGCCAGUAUAAGAGUAACCACUACAAUAAACAAACAACCAACAUACAUAAAUAUAAUUUUACCCAUCCGACAGGAAUUUGAAAGAAAGACUAGUCGAAGUUCCGAGAAAACGAUAAUAACUUACACAAGGCCAAUUUGGCCCCUUCAGAUUUCUAUGAUAGGUUUGUUAAAAAACCAUUUAAUAAAUUUAAUAAACAAUAUUUUUCUGUGUCAAAUAAGGCUUUGUAUCAAAAUACUAAAAGUCAGAAAAUAUGAAAUUAUUAUUUCCUCAAAUAAAAAAAUUACGAUAACUUCAAUUCGCAACAGGGGUCAAAUUGGCCCCUCCGACUUUCUAGUGUUAAACAGUAUCGGUGAUAGUACACAACCCUAUCUGACACCUCGUUGUAUUUCAAUUAGCCUUGACGUGCUACCAUUGGUUUUUAUGAUUGCUAUCUGAUUCCAAUAAAUAGCCUCUAUAAUUUUAGAAUUUCUUUAAACAAACAACAUUGUUUAAUUACCUCAUAUCACAUAUACCUAAACAUGUAUGUAUUUGUGCCAUAAGACUGUAAAUAUCAAGCUGAUGCAUGACAAAAUACAAGAAUUUUGAUUCGUUAAAAAAUAUAUUAUAGUUAUAUAGGGUGAGGCAGAUAACUGGCCUAUUAGAAAUAUCUCGAGAACUAAAGGCAACAGGAUCAUGAAAAUUGGAAUAAAGGGGUUUUGAGGGAUGAUCUAUUAAAUGAAAAUAUUUUCAUCUCUUUGCAACUUCCGUUUUUACCGGAAGUUGCUUAUAACUUGUUUUUUUUAAUGGGACACCCUGUAUAUUUUUACAUUUUUUGAUUCUCCUCAAUAUCUUCUUUCUUAAAAUAUGAGAUUUUGUAAUAUUAUAUAGGGUAUUUUAAAAGAUAUUUACGUUUUUUUAUUAAUUUCGUAGUAACAUUCACACCCUGUAGAAUUGUAAUAGUUUGACAUUUAAAACUCUGCUUACGUUGAUUGUUAAGAAUCAUUAGUAUAGCUAAUUUUGAAAUUUUAGUAUACAGGGUUGGUCGAAACUCAAAAUGAAUAUUUUCUGAGUUUUCUUAAAUAGAACACCCUGUAUUUUAGUAUUGUAAUGAAAUGAUAUUUCAUAGUACUUUUUUAUUUUAUAAGUAUUCCCUAUACCUAACUGCUUUAAUUUGUGAGUUAUUGGUGAUUCAAGCUAAACAUUAAUUGCAAAAAAAUAGGUAAAAUUUUAUUAGGUUGGCCUUGAAAAUAUUCAAUCACAAAUAAUUUUUCAGAAAUAAACACAUGUUAAUCCAGACUGAUCCUUAAAAUUACCAAUAAUGGUAUAACUAUCAAAAUACCUACGUAGUUAAGAUUGUUGGUGCCACUAACAAUUAAGCACAAUUUAAAGCAGUUAGGUAUAGGGAAUGCUUAAGAAAUAAAAAAGUACCAUAAAAUAUCAUUUCAUUACAAUACUAAAAUACAGGGUGUUCCAUUUAAGAAAACUCAGAAAAUACUCAUUCCGAGUUUGGACCAACCCUGUAUACUAAAAUUCAAAAUUUAGCUAUACUAAUGCUUCUUAACAAUAGUAGACUAUAUUAAAAAUCAUUUGAACGUAAGUAGAGUUUUAGUUGUCAAACUGCUACAAUUCUACAGGGUGUGAAUAUUGCUACGAAAUUAAUAAAGAAACGUAAUUAUCUUUUAAAAUACCCUGUAUAACAUUACAAAUCCUCAUAUUUUUAGAAAGAAGACAUCGAAGAGAAUCCAAAAAUGUAAAAAUAUACAGGGUGUCUCAUUUAAAAAAACGAAGUUAUAAUCAACUUCCGGUAUAACCGGAGGUUGCAAAGAGAUGAAAAUAUUUUCAUUUAAUAGAUCUUCAUUCAAAACCCCUGUAUUCCAAUUUUCAUGAUUCUGUUGCCUUUAGUUCUCGAGAUAUUUCUAAUAGGCCAGUUAUCUGCCUCACCCUGUAUACUGUGCAUUUAGCAUUUAUUUUUUCAGGAUAAUGAAAUUGCUUAUUGUCUGUCUGUGGUUUAAGUAUUAUGUCAGCUGUAAUAUUUUUAAGUUUGAACAUUUUUUUUUUCUUUAAUUUUGGACCUUGUAGGAAGGGGGGUGGGAGUAUUUCCCUUAUUUCCCCUCCCUGGGAUAGUAUACCUAUUUGGGGACAACUUUAAUGUAAGUUAAAAUUUUUACGUUUUCACGUCUUCACUGUGAUUGGUAUAUUACGUUUAAUAGUGGUUUUUCGAAAAUUAUUGUAUUUUGUCAUGUUACAAAAAACAGAAAACACUAGUAAACAAGAUUUCAUGUAAUUUUAUAUAGCUAUACCUGCUACAUGUAGGAUUCUGUGCAAAAAUAGUGUAAAAUAAUUAUAAUGUAGAGUAGAGUAUUUAUUAAUUAUUGUAAAUUAUCUGGACUUUGUAAAUAUACCACGCCUUCAUAAGUC